AUGGCAGCCAUGAUCGGUCAGGCAUUGAGGCUUGACGACCUUGAAACCUAUCUCAAGCAGGUAGGCAUAUCGCCAGACACGGUCAAGAAGAUUUUCGAGGACGUAAGCCAGAGCGCUCAGAAUCUACGGCCCGUCGACUUCAUCGGUUCCGUCCCGCUUUUCAGGCCAACCUUCGUUAAAGAUGCUGGUCCUAACAUGGCGAAGCUCGAGGACUUUGGGCUUCUCAAUGCACCAGAGCCGCGCCAUCCGCAGCGCCCGUUCCGCAUAUCGUUACAGAUUGCCCACCAGAUAGGCGCCGGCAUAAGCAUCGAAGACCUCUCGAAGAAGCGUCUCAGCGCCAGGGCGACGAAUACAAAGCUCGAGUACGCCAGGGGCAGCGCAGACAAGGCGAAAGCCAAGCUUAAAUUUGCUGAAAUUGAGAGAACCAUCUUUCAUAAUAUCAUCGACCGUAUGAAGGACGAGAUAGAUGACAAGACGGAGGCCAAUGUUGAAAGAGACAACCCCGGGCUAGAGGAUGCCGACUUGUCAUGUGCAGAACGGUCCAAAGUCAAAGACCUUUCCACGGCAAACCAAGUUGUUGAAGAGGCCAGGGAUGAAGCUCUCAAAGCGGCAAGCGAUCUCAUAGCGGCAGAGAAAGAGCUAGAUGACGUUCGCAAAGAUGUCGACCUCUUCACCGAGAAUAGCCAGCUUCGGGAAGCUGUGGACGGGAUGGUUCGUCUCCUACAAAAGUGGAAGUCUGCCAUCAAGAUUGAGCAAUCAAUUGGGCGGGCCCGGAGUAUCUUCAGGGAAAAGCCCUUCCGAAAGUGCGAGAGGUGCUACUUGCGGCUCGACACGUGCUGUAUUGACAAGAAGAACGGCGGCGAGCUGUCCGAUUCACUGUCCCUCAUGGGAGACUGGUUCUCCGAGUCCGAGGCCGUCGUCGACUGGCAAAGGUUCCAGGUGAAGGAGAAGGAAGAAGAAUGUAGACGGAUUCCAGCAGACGCGAUUCGAAGCUUCCAAGACAUCCGCUCUUGGCGACCGGAGUGGUCGGAGAGAGGCUGGACGCUUCAGGAGCUUCUCAUGAGCAAGACGACGUUCUAUGUCGACGGCGACUGGUCACCUUUGAGCCGACCCGUCGAUGAUCUCGGCCACUUCUUCUAUCUGAUCCCGUAUAUUUCCUUGAAGCCCUAUCCGUGCCGCGCUCUCUACCCUUCAUCGCACGAGGCCUUUUCUCGCGACGACCGCGGCUACCAGUACAACCUGCUGCUGUCUCAAGAGAUCAGGGACAAGAUAGACGACGUCAUGGUCACAUACAACAGCGUCGUGUCGGUGCUGCGCGAGGGCAUCGACUUCGUAAGAAAAAAACAGCGCAGAGACCUACCCUUUACUUGCAUUCGCAAGAUCGUCGAGAUCGUACAGAACCUCACAUUCCAGGCGCUGAAGCCCGAGCUUGAGAAUGUGGGGAGGGUCAUGAGGUACAUCUUGAAAGGGUGCCAUGACCCGCCGUCUUCGCCUCAUCCCGUCGAUGCUCGCUCACCCAGUCUUCCUCUCGUGACUGGCACAAAGGGAUUCAAGUUUCCAGGCCUCACAAAGGGACUCAGGCUGUCCUCCAAAAAGGUCAAGUCAGAACCCGUGGAGCCGGACGACCAGGACUUGCUCCCAUCCAUGUUCCACUCGGCGGUAACUGUUCAUAUGUUUUGA